AUUUUAUUUACGCUAUUUAUCUGUACUAUUUACACUGCAUCUGUGCACUACAUGAUACCAACCGCUGUUGACUAGCUAACUGCAACAGAAAACCCUAUAGGAACAAGAGUCCUUGAGUGAGGAUAUUUUCCGUGUUUAUUCGUUUAUUGACUGCGUGAGUUCAUGAAGAAACAGGAAGGUGAUACAUAAAAAUGGCAGAAGAAUCGGAGAACUUUGAUGAUGUCGAAGUCAUAUAUUUAGAUGAGGCCGACGACGAUGAGUUGGAGGAAGAAAUGAUCGAAGAUGCCAGUACUGAAGAAGAGGGAAAUCAAGCUGAAGUGCAAGAUUUAGCCAAGCUUACAUUCAAAGAACAUAAAAAGUCAGUAUUUUGUGCAGAUUUGACAAAAGAUGGACAGCUUGCUGCUACAGGGGGUGAAGAUGAUUGUGUAUAUCUCUGGAUCACAUCAAAUGGAUCAGUUAAAUUUGAUUGCACAGGCCAUAAGGAUUCCGUAACAUGUGUUUGUUUUAAUCAUGACAAUCGAUUGUUAGCUACUGGAGAUAUGUCAGGGAUGAUACAAGUGUGGGAAGUAGAGAGCAAUAAAUUGAUUUGGUGUAAUGAAGGCGAUGACAUGGAGUGGUUAAUGUGGCACCCAGUAACAAAUAUCUUACUGUCAGGUAGUCAUUCAGGAGAAAUUUAUGUGUGGCAAAUACCGAAAGGGAAUUGUAAAGUGUUAACCUCGCAUGGAUCUUCAUGUAUUUGUGGCAAAUUACUACCUGACGGUAGACAUUUAGUUGCUGGAUAUGAAGAUGGACAGGUUAAAUUAUGGGAUAUCAAAAUGACCACAGUUAAGUGGCAGUAUUUAGAUGAUCACCAUCCAAAUUUAACUUCACUUGAAGUUAAUUUGGAUGGUACUUUAUGUUCAUUAGCUCCAAGUUCUGCUUUAAUAAAACUCUCAGAUGGAAAGUCUGUGGGCAGUCUUUUAACUGCAGGAGAAACACACAUAGAAGCACAUGUAUUUGUUAAUCAGCUAAACCUUUUGAUAACUGGGUCUCUGAGUGGGCAAGUUUGUGUAUGGGAUUUACACACAAAAAUGAUACGUCACCAAGCUAAACUUGAGUAUGGUGUAACAAUUUUAAAAGUAGGGGCAAAUGCAAAAGCCUUCAUUGGAUCAACAGAUGGUGCUAUUUAUGUGUGUGAUACAAGAACUGGUAAUUUAAUUGAAAUGCUUACAGGACAUAGGGCACCAAUUUUAAGUAUAAGCAUAUCACUUGAUAACUCAAUUGUUUUGAGUACUUCCGAUGAUACAACUGCCAAAAUUUUUUCCAUUCGAGACUAAAUUAAAUAUUUAUUUGUAUUGUUUUCAUAAUUAUACUGUUUGUAUAUUAUAUUAAUGUUUGGAAUAAAAUGUUACCAUUUAA